UCAGUAUGCCUACGCACAAGUCCAGCGGUCAUGUGUUUACCUCUGAUAUCAGGAAAACCCAACAGGAAUGAAUUGACCGGUAGAGUCCUCCGGGUGUAGAUGCAUCCAAACUGAGGCGAGACAUUCUGUUUUUUUCCUGAGUGUUUUUUUUGUGGAGUUUAUAUUCUGUAGAGUGUCAUCAGCCUCUUCAUGUGGACUUACCGCUCAUAAACCCCAUGACGCUUUGCAGCAGACCUUCAUGCUGAUGGAUGAAAAAUGGAUGGUGUGUUGCUCAUCCAUCAAACAAACACAAACCUUCACAGACACCUUUUGUACAAACCAACACAGCAAUGGAACUGAAUGAAUAUAUCAGCAUCUGAACACAACUGUUAGCACAGCGAUGUGACAGAAGGUAAAAGAGUGUUUUUGAUUGGUAGAGCUGCAGCCCCGCCCUUGGUUCCAUCCCAGAAUGCUGAGCCCGGUUCUCUGUUCAGAUCUCGCAGCCUUGGAGCCAGAGUACACAGAGGCGGAUGUCAUCUCUACGGUGGAGUUCAACCAGACUGGAGAGUUCUUGGCCACGGGAGAUAAGGGUGGGAGGGUUGUCAUCUUUCAGAGAGAACCACAGGGCGAAUAUAAUGUUUAUAGUACAUUUCAGAGUCAUGAGCCUGAGUUCGAUUACCUGAAAAGUUUUGAGAUUGAAGAGAAAAUCAAUAAGAUUCGCUGGCUGCCUCCGCAUAACCCCGCCCACUUCCUCCUCUCCACCAAUGAUAAGACCGUGAAGCUAUGGAAGGUGAGUGAGAAAGACAAGCGAGCAGAAGGCUACAAUCUGAGAGACGAGGAGGGCAGACUGAAGGACCUCUCUACAAUCACCACUCUACAGGUCCCUGUCCUGCGGCCGAUGGAUCUCCUGGUGGAGGCGUCCCCACGGCGUGUUUUUGCUAAUGCACAUGCAUAUCACAUCAACUCCAUCAGUGUCAACAGUGACUGUGAAACAUACCUGUCUGCCGACGAUCUGAGAAUUAACCUGUGGCAUCUCAACAUCACUGACCGCAGCUUCAAUAUUGUGGAUUUGAAGCCAGAAAACAUGGAGGACCUCAGUGAGGUGAUCACAGUGGCCGAGUUUCACCCUCACCACUGCCACCUGCUGGCCUUCAGCAGCAGCACAGGAACCACUCGCCUCUGUGACAUGAGAGCUCGCGCACUCUGUGACCAACAUGCCAAACUGUUUGAAGAGGCAGUGGAUCCAUCCCGCCAAUCGUUCUUCUCCGAGAUCGUUUCCUCAGUGUCAGACGUGAAGUUCAGUCAUAGCGGCCGCUACCUGCUCACUAGAGAUUACCUCACCGUUAAAGUCUGGGACCUCAACAUGGAAAAUAAACCAAUGGAAACAUACCAGGUCCACGACUACUUGCGAACCAAAUUGUGCUCUUUGUAUGAAAGCGAUUGUAUUUUUGACAAGUUUGAAUGUGCCUGGAACGGAACGGACAGCGUGAUCAUGACAGGCGCUUACAACAACUACUUCCGAAUGUUUGACCGGGCAAGUCUGCGUGACGUGACUCUGGAGGCCAGUCGGGAGGUGUGUAAGCGGCGGGCGGUCCUGCAGCCGCGGCGUGUGUGCGUGGGCAAGAAACGGAAAGAGACGGACGUCAGCGUGGACAGUCUGGACUUCAGGAAGAAAAUCCUCCAUACUGCCUGGCACCCCAAAGAAAACAUCAUCGCCAUCGCAGCCAGCAACAACCUCUACAUUUUUCAGGACAGACUGACGCCCAACGGACAUCACAACACGCCGGAAAUACAAAGUGCUAUGUAGAAGACACAACCAAACCCAACGUCCUUCACUGAAUAAAUUUUUUUUUUAAAGAU